GCUUCAGCAGUGUACCCUGACAACCCUGCUCUGUAAAAGUAGGAAAAACAGAGAAUUUUAUUAUCAAUUGUAUAAAAUCGAAAAGAAAACGGCCGGAAAAUGUCACGACAAGCCUCCCGUUUGGACGCCAAGAAAGUGAACUCGGAGUUCCUGACACUCACCUACGGAGCACUCGUCACCCAGAUGCUGCGCGACUUCGAGAACGCCGAGGACGUGAACAAGCAGCUGGAGCGGAUCGGCUACAACAUGGGCAUGCGACUGAUCGAGGACUUUCUGGCCAGGACAUCGGCGCCGCGCUGCCUGGAGAUGCGCGAGACGGCCGAUCGCAUCCAGCAGGCGUUCCGCAUCUACCUGAACAUCCAGCCCACCAUCUCAAACUGGUCGCCCGCCUCCGAUGAGUUCUCCCUGGUGUUCGAUAGCAAUCCGCUGACGGAGUUCGUCGAGCUGCCGCCGGACCUGACCAAUCUGCGCUACAGUGCCAUACUCAGCGGCUGCAUCCGCGGCGCCCUGGAGAUGGUGCAGCUGGAGGUGCAGUGCUGGUUCGUGCAGGAUCAACUGAAGGGCGACAAUGUGACGGAACUGCGCGUUAAGUUCGUGCGGCGUCUAGAGGAGGUCAUACCAGCUGGCGAGGAUUAGAAAACAUUGGUGGAUCAGUGCAUCGGAGCGCAAGCUCUUCAUUAAAUGGGGGUCAAUAAAAGCACAUUCUGUAUAGAAGUUAGCAUCGAGUAAUCUGCGUUUGUCGUCGUUUUCUACACGCCAGUCCACAUUCCGGAGCAAAAGCAGCAGGAGCAGCAAGCAGCGUCCACAGGAGCAACAAGCAGCAUCAGGACAACAGGAGCGCAACAGCGGCAAAAUAGCAAUAUUGGAGCAAUAAGAAUCGUUACAACAAGUUUAGUUUUAUGUUUUAUUCGACUUUAUACAGAUGGUUUAACUUGGGUAUAUAAGAAAACAGUGAAAAAUAUGUUUCUGUUCAUAUUUGGCAUGAUAUAAAGCGUCAUAAACUCCAUACAAAAAACAUAAUAUAGUAUAAUAGUAUUCUAUUAUUUUUGAUUAAUACAAUUUAACAAAUGAACCCCCCCACAUAUAAAUAUAUUACGUCCCUAAGGCAUGGAUCGCUUUUGAUCUGGGGUGGUAAUAAAUUACAUUUGUUAGUUGUAGAUAAACUCAAAGAUAUUCAACGUGUUAAAUAUUAAAAAUGAUUCAAAAAACAA